AUGUUGUCAUCACCCGUUCUUGUCUCCUCAGCUCUCAUCCUCUCUCUCCUCCUCAUCCUCUUCUUCUCCCAACAAAUCAUCUUCCAAAUUUACUCCCCUUUCUCCUCCUCCUCAUCUUCCUCCGCCGUCACCGCCGCCGACCUCUCCCUCUUUCACCGCGCCACCCACACAACAAACCACCUAUCCACCCUCACAAACCCUAAACCCAAAAUCGCUUUCCUCUUCCUCACUAACUCAAACCUCUCCUUCGCACCUUUAUGGGAAAAAUUCUUCGCCGGUAACAACCACCUCUUCAACAUCUACGUCCACGCCGACCCCACUUCCUCCAUCCUCUCACCCGGCGGAGUUUUCCAAAACCGUUUCAUCCCUUCUCAAAUAACCCAACGCGCUUCCCCAACACUCAUCUCCGCCUCUCGACGUCUCCUAGCGACCGCCCUCUUAGAUGAUCCGCUCAACCAAUACUUUACCUUAAUCUCUCAACACUGUAUUCCGCUUUUGUCGUUUCGAUUAGUUUAUAAAUCUCUUUUUACAAAUCAGUUAAAGUUAUUAGAGAGUUUCGUCAGCUAUAAUAACUUUACAUACCCCAGCUUCAUUGAGAUUCUCUCCGACGAUCCCAAUCUCAACGAAAGGUAUAAUGCUCGCGGUGAGAAUGCAAUGUUGCCUGAAAUUGUGUUCGAGGAUUUUCGGGUGGGUUCGCAGUUCUUUACCUUGAACAGAAAACAUGCAAAGUUUGUGGUGGGAGAACAAAAACUAUGGAAGAAAUUUCUGAUUCCUUGUAUAAAUGUGUAUUCGUGUUAUCCAGAAGAACAUUACUUUCCAACUCUUUUGUCAAUGGAGGAUCCGAAUGGGUGCACUGGUUUUACACUCACUAGAGUUAACUGGACUGAUUGUUGGGAUGGACAUCCUCAUCUUUAUACUCCGGAUGAGGUUUCUCUGGAGCUUGUUCAUCACCUGAGGCGAUCCAAUUCAAGCUACUCGUAUUUCUUUGCAAGGAAAUUCUCGCCGGAAUGUCUUGGGCCUUUGAUGGAUAUAGCUGACGAAGUGAUUUUCAAGGAUUGA